AUGUCUCUGGGCAAAUCGGAGGCCCCUGUGCCCAAGGAUUUCAAGGCUGACGAUGCCGACAACCUCGAAGAUAUUGAGAAGCAAUUUGCCGUAAAGGCCGUCCAGCACAUGCAGACCUACUGGUCCAUCCUCGAGAAAGUCAAGGGCUCCGUCCUGCGCCUGACGCGGUGGGACGACGAAAUCUUUGCCCACCUCAAGGAGGCCUUCCCCGAGUUCGACCCCGCCGAGACGAUUAACGAGGACCAGAUGAAGAACAAGGAGGGCAAGGACCGGUGGCGCAACUUCAUGAUGAAGUACGACAAGCAGGUCAGCGAGUUCAACUUUGGCACCAUGCUGCGGUCUAACCCCAAGUUCGAUCCCCGCAUGCAGUUUUACGCCAUUGAGAUCGCGAGAAACCGCCUUGGAUUGAACGACUGGAUAUGGGAGGCUGCUCAGAAGGAGAAGCAGAAGGCGUGA